CCACAAAUUCGUCCGCCUUUCCCUCAUCUCUCUUGAACAUCAUGCCCCAGUGUGGGACAUCGUCUGGUACACCAUCAUUUGGCCGUGGAAGACCGGUCCAACGAAAGGUCGUCGUAUGUGGAGAUGGUGCCUGUGGCAAGACGUCGUUACUAAACGUCUUCACACGAGGCUUCUUCACACAAGUCUAUGAACCCACCGUAUUCGAAAACUACGUCCAUGACCUCUACGUAGAUGAUCAGCUAGUCGAGCUCAGUCUAUGGGAUACCGCCGGCCAGGAAGAGUUCGAUCGUCUAAGAUCACUGAGCUACGCAGAAACACACGUCGUCAUGAUCUGCUUCUCGGUUGAUAAUCCAACAUCGCUGGAGAACGUCGAAUCCAAGUGGAUAGAUGAGAUCCUAGAAUAUUGUCCGGGCGUCAAACUCGUUCUCGUCGCUCUAAAAUGCGAUCUACGGGAUGACCGGUCGGUGAAGGAACGGCUCGCACGGUAUGGGAUGCAACCUGUCCAAUACGAAGAGGGUCUCACAGUUGCACGCCGAAUACGAGCGUCGCGUUAUCUAGAGUGUAGCUCGAAACAUAAUCGGGGUGUAGCUGAAGUCUUCUAUGAGGCUGCACGGGUUUCACUCACGACGAGAGCGAAGGGUCAAGGAGGACAAGGACAAGGUGGAGGGUGCAUAGUGAUGUGAUGCGCCCUUUGCUCUACACCCUCCUCUGUCUCAUAUGCCUGAUGAUACCCUGCGCUGGAGUUGCGGAAUCCUUACCCACGCCGCCACCCGCCACUCCAUGCCCAUGGACGGACAUCCGGCUAUCCUCCUGCUAUACCCCCUUUUCCUUGGUGGUCUUCUCUGUGUUUAUGUCUUCACACCUAUGGGUUCAUCCACUUUUCCUUCAUGUAAUUUUUGUUUUAAUCGUGGCCAGACUCUCCUCUUUUUUUUUUCUGCCUGCACGCCUGUCAGGUAUAUUCAUCUAGGCCCACAUGGCACACAUACACCUGUGCAACCCUCGUUCUUACCGCUGAAGCGUCGUCGGAGGUACAUGGCAUAUCCGACUUGUACUGAUCUUGUAUACAAUAAUCAUCAUUAUAACUACCUUAAAC